AUGGUCAGAAUCAGUGUUUUAAACGAUUGCUUAAACUCCAUCCUCAAUGCCGAGAGACAAGGUAGACGUCAAGUCCUCGUCAGACCAUCAUCCAAGGUCAUCAUCAAGUUCUUGACUGUCAUGAUGAAGAAGAAGUACAUUGGUGAAUUCGAAAUCAUCGAUGACCAUCGUUCCGGUAAGAUCGUCAUUGACUUGAUCGGUCGUAUCAACAAGUGUGCCGUCAUCUCACCACGUUUCGACGUUACCCUCGACGAGUUGGAGAAGUGGACUUCCUAUUUGCUCCCAUCCCGUCAAUUCGGUCACAUCGUACUCACUACCUCCCUCGGUAUCAUGGAUCACGAAGAGGCCAAGAAGCUCCACACUGGUGUUGGUGAGAUAUUCAAAUCGACAAGAAAUCAUCUGUUGUUUGGAUGUGUAGAUGGUCGUAUUAUUGUAUAUCAAAAUUGUUUUGUAAAUAGUGGUGGUAGCAGCAGUGGUAACAACAAUAAUAACAAUAACAAUAACAGUAAUAUUGAAGAGGUAUUAGAGAGUAAAGGAUCAUCUAUACAAUCAUUACACUUGGCUGAUACCACCAAGUUUGGAGGUAUCGAUAUAGUUAGUGGUGAUAGUCAUGGUAACAUAGUUGUGUUCUCCAAUCAUCAGAUCAUCUAUCAUGAAUCAGUUGGAUCAUCUGUUAGUUCUCUGACUACACAUCAUACAAUUAAUGGUGACUUUAGUGUUGUCGUUGGUGAUAGAAGUGGUGUUAUAACAUCUUUGAAACCACAUCAACCUGUUCAAUGGAAUAUAAAGUUACCUAGUGUAGUAGAGUUACAACGAUUAGGAUUCCAAAGAGAGUCAAACGAUGAUAAUGAUGGUGAUGAUGAAGAUGAUGAUGAUAAAGAGAAUAAUGGUGAUAAAGAAAUGAAAACUGUAGAUACCAAUAGUAAUAGUAAUAAUAAUAAUAGUAUGAUAAAUAAUAGACAAACCUUACAAGCAAGUCAAUGUAUAAGGGAUAUAAUAUCACAUAGAUCACUGGAUAUUUAUAAUAUAGAAUGUAGUUAUCUUGUGGUUAGCGAUAACUUCUCGAGAAUACACUUUAUUGAUAGAGGACAUCGUAUCUACACAUUGGAAACACCUGCACCAAUCAAUACUAUGUGUUCAGGUUAUUUCGAUAAAUCAAUCAAAGGAAAAUCACAAAUAGCAUUGGGUUGUGAGAAUGGUCAUAUUUACAUUGUAGGCAACGAUUUUAAGUUAAAUCACUAUUGUAAUGUUGGAUAUCCAGUAACACAUAUUUAUAGAUACAACUUUGCAAAUAAUGAAGUAAAUAACAACAACAACAAUAAUAAUAGUAGUAAUGGGAAUGUUAGUAAUGGAAAUGGUAAUGGUAAUGGUAAUGGUAGCGAUGGAAAUGAACAAAUCAAUGGUUCACAUCAUAGUGGUAGUGGUGACAGCAGUACUCUCGAUAGUUUAUUGGUUAUAGGUCACUUUCAUACUUUAAAGAUAUACCACGAUAAAUCUGUAAGUAAUACAAAAAAGACUAGAUAG